ACUACAUUGACCAUGAGGUCUGGCGGUAUCGCCGCGCAUUGUGGGUAAUGAAGAAGUAAACAGAAGCACGCUGAGGAUUGAAGAUGAACUCUGAGCUGGAUCAAACUAAAGCAGAACACGCUGACGUUUUAAGGCGUUUUCAAGCCUCUUUUUUCGCUAUGAGUCGUUUGGCUUCUUUUGAUUGGACUUUUCUUGACAAAGACCUUGAAAAAAAAUCAACAGAGCUGUUAUCAGACAUCAUGAAGCAGACGUGUCUGCACCCUGUGUGCCGGACAUUUCCUCCAGCGGUCAGAUACAGGAGACUGUUUCUGUCUGAGCUCAUCAGACGGCAGGAGGCAGCGACGUGCGAGCCUGUGGAUGAGCUGUAUGACGCUCUGGCGGAGGUGCUGCGAGCUGAGGAGCAGCCCGAGUGCUACAAGACCUACUUACUGCCUUGCGGUGGCGCUGUCAGUCUGCUGGAGAGCGUGGCACUGAUCUCAGAGGGAACCACAGGUCUGGUGACCUGGGAAGCCGCCCUCUACCUGGCAGAGUGGGCCCUGGAUAACCAGCAGGCCUUCAGCGGCAGGGCGGUGCUGGAGCUGGGCAGCGGUGUGGGUAUGACCGGUAUCACCAUCUGUCGCUCCUGCAGUCCGUCCAAAUACGUCUUCAGUGACUGUCACCCCGCUGUCCUCCACACACUGAGGAGGAAUGUCCAGCUGAACAGGCUGGCUGCUUCUCUGUCGGUCUGCGUGGAGGAUCUGGACUGGACGACGGCGAAGGACGAGCGGCUCAGACAGAUCGGCGCCAACACAGUGAUCGCUGCAGAUGUGGUGUACGACCCGGAUAUCGUGAGCAUCCUAGUGAAGCUGCUCUCCCUUUUUCUGAGGGGUUCACCUCCUGAAGUUGCCCCAGAGGCCCUCAUCUGUUCCACGAUCCGAAAUCCAGACACGUAUAAUGGCUUUAAGCAGCAGCUCGGCGCAGCAGGACUCCGCCAUCAUGUGAUGACGGGACCCGCCCCUCACACAUUUCCCUACAACAGAGCAUCGACCAUAGAACUGAUUAAAGUGCACAUAUGAUGACAGAACAAACUGUUUAUUUACAAAUGUGUCAAGAAUUUACAGAAUAUAUAU